AUGUCUUCCAUGGCUCCGUCUGCCGCGUCCAAUGCGGCGCCAUCAGUUCUCGGCAAAGGUGACCGAGACCCUCAGGAUCUGGAAAUGCAGCCGCUGACAGGUGUCAAUGGAGAAGAAAAGUCACCCUGCCAUCCUAGCAAACAGGCGGAGCGUCCAAAAAAGAGGCUCUAUAAUGUUUGGCCUUCUCGAAACAAGUUCUUCUGCAGAGGAACCAUGAUGACAGGUGGCGAAACUGAAAUGGGAAUCACUCCCAACUGUUCGGUCCCGAACCUUUGCGUUUGGACCUGCAUCCUGGCUCCUUGCUCUUUGUACUUCAUUUGGGUCUUCCCUCAUUUGUGGCGGGAAGGCUGCUAUGCACUUCCGCUGGCAACUUUGGCCGUGUUCUUGAUGGCGACGGGUUUUCUUCUCGCCACUUGCUGUUCCGAUCCUGGGAUCAUCCCUCGCCGAGAGGUGGUUAUCGCGACCAAAACUGCUCAACAGUUGCAGGAAAGACUUGGAUAUGACUUGCUGGCCAGCGAUUCGAUUCCUCUAGAUGGCAGGGGAGGCGGACGAAACUUGCCGGUGGAACUGACCAGUCGUGGCUACAGAUGGUGCAGGACAUGCAGAAUCAUUAGGCCGCCACGCUCCUCUCAUUGUCCAGACUGCGACAACUGCGUCUUGCGGUACGACCAUCACUGCCCCUUCGUCAACAACUGUGUUGGGCAGCGCAACUAUCACUUUUUCUUCGGCUUCGUAACGUCUGUGCUCUGCCUAGCCAUGAUGGUCUUGCCGGUUCUAUUCUGGUUUCUGAACAGCGAGAACUUCGAGUUGGCGGUUGAUGGCAUGAUUCACGUCAGCAGCGGUGCACUUCAGCCUGUGUUCUACGCUCUCAUCGCGCUCGGUGCCCUUGUUGGCAUCGCCACGCUUCUCUCUUUCGUGCUUUGGGUGUACCAUGUGUUCCUGAUAGCCACGAAGAGGACAACGAAGGAGUUUCGCAGAAACCUUUCCAACAUCGCGGAGGAGCCCACUCUUUGUGCAUCUCGAGGCCCUCGGCUCUUCGAUCCUUGGGCGCUGGUUGAUCCUCGCGACGUCAUACGUGUGGACGAAGCCCCGCCUCCGACACCGAACAACUUCUGCACGGAUUUGUGGAGCUCCUGUUUCGGAGAGGAUUAG